AUGUCUAAAAUCUCAACCCCACACUGUCCCCCUACAAAUCUUUAUUAGUUUCAUCAUCAUCAUCAACAAAAGCUCAUCAUCAUAUAUUAUUUAUAUAAAAAUACAACACCACCACCACCACCUUUGAAGGUUGGUUGGAGGUUAGCAAUGGAGAUAGAAACAGUGAAGUGUGAUUGUUGUGGACUUAGAGAGGAUUGCACACAAGAUUACAUAAGUGGAGUGAAAGCAAACUUUGAAGGGAAAUGGUUGUGUGGGUUGUGUUCAGAGGCAGUGCAAGAUGAGGUUGUUGGUAGAGGGAGGAAGAAGAAGGAGAGUUUUGGAGUUGAGGAAGCUGUGAAAGCUCAUAUGAUGUUUUGUGGCAAGUUUAGAGGGAAUCCAGCAGUAAGGGUGGCUGAUGGAAUGAGGCAGAUGCUCCGGCGGAGGUCCGGUGAUCAGUUGUCCGUUUCUUCCGGCAAGGGUGGAAGGUCUGCAAGCUCACAACAACAAACACAAAAACAACAACAACAACAACAAGGACAACAUGUAGUAGGAGAUGAGUCUUCUGUUUCUUUGUUUUGAUUAUUCAUGGAAUAAUGUUGCCUUUUUCUUUC